CUGCUUGUGAUUGUAAAUGUCCUGACAAACAGCUGGUGGCACAACUGUUACAGAGUAUUAAAAUCUGUAACUCACAGCCGAUGAGCGUCAGGUGAAUGUAAGGAGAUCCGACACAAUGUCAUCAAAUAAUGUGUGAGCUUGUCUUGGGUUAUAUUCCUGGUUGACUCUGAAUGGGAAUACUCAGCAGACAGCCCGUGAUGGAUUAACAACAUUAAGCGUCCUCUCGUCAGCACUGACAAGAACUUUACAUACAAUAAUAAGUUUGUGUCCUGAGGAGCGAGCUUUGGUGAGGGCUCUUCCACAAUGAGAGACCGUUUGGAGGAGCUGCAAGAGAGGGCUCAAUACUUUCCUGAGGCAGCAAGUGAAAAUACCAACCCUUUUUCAGCGGAGGGUGAUAAUGAUGACUCUGUGGUGGUCGGGGUCAUAACGCCACAGGCUGUGGUGUUCGAGGAGGAGCCAGUCAUUGAGAAUUUCCUGUCUGAGGCUCAGAAAAUCCGUGAUGAUAUCACAGUGCUGGAGACAGAGGUCCUUAAGUUCAGCCAGCAGCAAAAGACCCUGGUGGCGACCAUGCGUCGUUUCAGUGUGAUGAAGAAAGAGAGCAGUAUAACCCGGGACAUCAAGCUAAAGGCUGAAAGCCUCCACCGACGGUUAGAUGCCCUUUCAAAACAGGCCCAAAGGACUGAGGACCAGCAGGGACCUACUGCUGUUACAACCAGAAUACAACGCUCCCAGCAUGCAGCACUGUACCACAAAUUCCAGCAGGUAAUGCUGCAGUAUAAUGAAGGUCUGCUGACCAAGCAGGAGCGCUGUAAGCACUUCAUUAUCCGGCAGCUGGAGGUAUCAGGAAGGGAUGUUACGGAGGAGGAGGUGAAUGAGAUGGUGGCCGCAGGAAAAUGGGAGGUCUUCAAUGAGAACCUGCUGAAUGAUGCCAGAAUCACACGGUCACAACUAUCUGAGAUUGAACAGCGACACAAGGAGUUGUUGAGCCUGGAGAGCAAUAUGAAGGAGCUGAGGGACCUGUUCAUGGACAUUUUCAUGCUGGUGGAGGAGCAAGGAGCCUACAUCGAACACAUCCAGACCAAUGUAGAGAGGACACAGGAUUAUGUGGCUGCAUCUAAUGAGAAGUUCAAGUUGGCCGCCAGGUACAAGAAGAAGAACCCACUUCGACAGCUGUGCUGCUGCUGCUGCCCUCCCUGGAGAUGCUGCUUAUAGAACAUAUGCAUUUUUACUUCAACGGUCAUUCCAAGAAACAUUUUAUUUCAAAAACCUCACUUACCUGUUGGGAUUCAAGUACCAUUAAAGUGAAGGUUUUGGUACUGCAGUUUUUACUGUUGAACAGAGCGACGGUGAAGACAGAUUCAGCAGAGCAUAGAAAACAAUUAGGGGGAAAGGCCAGAAUUGGUAUUUGAGGCACUUGUUUCUUUUAAGAGGAUGUGAGGCGACUACUAUUGGAAGAGACAGUUCAGUGAGUGCUACUCACCAACACUGCUACUUAUUGGAGACCUUCACUGUCAUCUGACAGAGGUCACAAACAAGGGGAGACCACUGCCUCUGCCACUGCUAGAUCAGCAAGACUGAUAUUUCACAAUUUUUUUUAAAAAGAGCCCCUGAUCUUUUUUUCUGCCACAGGAGCACCAGUUAAUGACCAUUUAUUUUUUAAUACAGUAUGCGCACUUUAAGACUUAUCUAUAUUGUUUCUCUUUUCUUUUCAGCACAAACUAGACUUUAACAUAUGUGGAGAAAGAUUCUCUUUUGAGAGAUUUUGAGCCAUUACAUAUUCAUUUCAUUUUUGGUCCACAUGCUGAUGAAAAAAAUAGCUAGACGUCAUUCUUCUCAUUUGCAUUUCAAAGUAUAAUCAUUUUUUGGUGAAAACAAAUAUUCGUUUAUUCGGUUUCACAGAGGCAGGGAUUCAAGUAACACUUUGAAUAACAAGCUCUGAUCAAAGUCGUGGUGACAAAACUGCAGAAAAUAAAUGAAGUCAUUUGUUUAAAAACAAGAUGGAAGAUUUGAAUUUAAUUUCUGUAGAUGUUUUGUAUUUUGGAGUGGAACUUCAGUUGAUGAUUAUGUUAGAGCUGUUACACACAAAAACUCUGGCAUCUGUAUGUAUCAUUAUUAUUAAAAUUAUUAUGUCACACAAAAA